AAAUGGCAAGAGGACAACAGAAAAUUCAAUCUCAACAAAAAGCUGCUGCCAGAGCCCAAGCAGCGAAACGUCAACAAGGACAUGACCAGAAAAGUGCUGCUGCCAAAGCGCUUGUAUUUACAUGUACAGUUUGUAAGGCACAAAUGCCCGAUCCUAAGACUUACAAGCAACACUUUGAAAAUAAGCAUCCAAAAUCACCAAUGCCUGCGGAACUUCAAGACGUCGCAAGUUAACCGAGUCCUCGAACUUUUAAUUUCCGGUCAACCUCAAAAGGAAUCUUUCCAAACUGAUGGGCCAUUUAUUGUAUAAGCUUGUUUAAAAUUGAAACGAUUAUUACCCAAAAUUUCCCGAUAACAAAAAACUGUUCAAUUAGAAAAAUUGUUCUGCUGAGACUAUUCAAUUACAACUAAAAACGAAUUUAAUAAAUUCAAUUGAAUCUUAAAAAAAGGAAAAAAAAUCCACUACUGUUUCUAUCAAUACGACUAUUUGACUUACGAAUUUGGUUUCCAGGAGAAAAAGAAAAUUACUUAAAUUCUAUUGACUUGAAAUUGAGUCGAAUCUUAAUUAUUAUCAGUCCAUCUUAAUUCUUAAUUUCAUUAUUUCAUUUCCAUCAUCACAAAGAGACUUCAUGUUAAUGAUUUAGAUGAACAAUCAACAGCAAUAACCAUUCUUAUUCUCAUAGCGAAAAACUUGAUGGUCGAAUCGUUGAUUAUAAAAUCUGGUCAAUUGGCUCCUUCAAAUUUCAUUCCAAUUACAAUUUUAAGGUCACAAAUACAAUUCAUAGGAUUCGACAACUUUUGAGAGUUUCUAUCUCUUCAUGGAUUAAACUCUCUCUCACUGUUUUCACCAUAGAUUUUGAUUUCAACAUUCAUUAUAUCGCUCUUGAAUUGUCCGUUUCUUGGAUAUUAACAAAUUGACCUUCCCGAAUUAACGAUCAUUGAUUAAACAAUCAGAUCACUUUGAAACUUAUACAAGUCAUUUGAAUAUUUCGACGCGGAAACUGGAACAUAUAUCAAUAAACUAUAAAUAAGCAUUUUAUUAUUAUCAUUUA